AUGUUCGGUGGACAAGGUGAUAUUCGAGAACAAGCUAAGUCUAAAUGUCAACGUGACGUUCGAUACGGCUUGAAUCUGCUUGGUUGCCUAGAAAGAUACUUCCAAACAUGGACAACCACCGAAAGUUGCAUAAGAUGUUCCAAAAAGCAACUUCCAGCAAGAGCUUAUCUUUGGAAUAUGCCUUCCAUUCUAAUCAUCCACUUGGGACGAUCGAAGGAUGAGGAAAAGAACGAGCGAUUUGUUGAUUUCCCACUGGAGAAUCUUGACAUUUCCUCGUAUCUACACCCGGACUCGCCGGUUAAUGGAUUGAAGAGAGAAAUGUGCUCUAUUCACUAUAUGGAAUUCUGGUGA